GAAGAUAUCCCAUUGCCUAGUGACUCUGAAAAAGGUGGCAAAAACAUAAUCGGAAAGGACUCUGUUGCCUUAGAAUCUAAAAUACCGUUUUUCGCAGCAAAUAACAUUAAAAGUGAUAGUUCAAAUGGAAACAAUGUAUUGAAUGAAAACAAAAAAGCAGCCUACCAAGAAGAGGACCUUCAAGAAAGGUGGAAGACAGGAAGCAGGAAAGGAAAAAGGAAACCUACACACCAAACUGCUUUGUCUUCUGGUGCUACGAGUGAGAACCAGGUCUCAAACAAAAAGAGAAAGCUAAUUGGUGGAGAGCAGGAACAAGCUGUCUCUUCAAACAGAACCACAGUAAAACUUGCAAGUGCUCCUUGUACACACAAUAGAAAGAGAGGCGCUGAAGUGUUGACUGCUGAAUUUGUGAUUGAUGAAAAAGUCAGUGAAACAGAAACUACAGCUACAAACAAAAGGAAUAAAGAACAAAACACCGUUAUUAAAAAUAAAACGAUCACUGGGAAAUCAAGAAAAAUGGCUUCAACAGACCCCCAGUUAAUGCGUGACAGACCUCCAAAACGUAAGGCCUCUGAUCCAGGUAACAGGAAAAAAUCACCUGAAGUUAAAGCCAAAUCAGAAAUUACUAGAAAACCAGUGAUAAAACACACAAAGAACAGUCUGGGAAGCAAUAUAGAAGGGCAGUGGAAUCCAUUAACACUAUUCCUUUUGAACCCGUUGGCUCAUUCAGCAAGACCAGCA